AGCGCCUCCCGCCUUCCCGCCGCCGCCCGGCCGGCCGCACACGCGGCGCGAGGCCCGGGCCCGGAGCGCGAACGCCGAGCCCGGGACGCCAGGAGGGGCUGCAGCCGGUGGGCAGCGGCGCGCAGGGAGGGGCCGCAGCAUCCUCUGUCCCCGCGGCGCCCGGGCCGGGAGAGGAGGGGGCCGGGUGCCCGGCCACCCGCCGCUCAGCCUGAUGCUGGAAGGGCGAAGGUGAGUGACGAUGGCGGAGAGCACGUGACCUGCACGGACCCUUCUCUGCCCACCGAGUGGCACCACCAUGCAGAAGCCCAGCGGCCUGAAGCCCCCCGGCCGCGGGGGGAAGCACUCAAGCCCCAUGGGCCGGACGUCCACUGGGUCAACCUCGGCGUCUGCCACUGUGACGGCCACUGGCUCCAAGGAAGGCUCCCCCCUGCACAAGCAGGCCUCGGGCCCCCCGGCCGCGGCCCCCGCCGCCCCCGAGAAGCCCGGCGCCAAGGCGGCCGAGGUGGGCGACGAGUUCGUGGGGGACUUCGUGGUGGGCGAGCGCGUGUGGGUGAAUGGCGUGAAGCCGGGCGUGGUGCAGUACCUGGGCGAGACGCAGUUCGCGCCGGGCCAGUGGGCGGGCGUGGUGCUGGACGAGCCGGUGGGCAAGAACGACGGCGCCGUGGGCGGCGUGCGCUACUUCGAGUGCCCGGCCCUGCAGGGCAUCUUCACUCGGCCCUCCAAGCUGACCCGGCAGCCUGCGGCCGAGGGCUCGGGCAGCGACGCGCACUCUGUCGAGUCGCUGACCACCCAGAACCUGUCGCUGCACUCGGGCACGGCCACGCCGCCGCUGACCAGCCGUGUCAUCCCCCUGCGGGAGAGCGUCCUCAACAGCUCCGUCAAGACCGGCAACGAGUCGGGCUCCAACCUCUCCGACAGCGGCUCUGUGAAGCGGGGUGACAAGGACCUGCGCCUGGGAGACCGUGUGCUGGUUGGUGGUACGAAGACCGGAGUGGUACGGUACGUCGGGGAGACAGACUUUGCCAAGGGCGAGUGGUGUGGCGUGGAGCUGGACGAGCCCCUUGGGAAGAACGAUGGGGCAGUGGCGGGCACCAGGUACUUCCAGUGCCCGCCCAAGUUCGGCCUCUUCGCGCCCAUCCACAAGGUAAUCCGCAUCGGCUUCCCAUCCACCAGCCCAGCCAAGGCCAAGAAGACCAAGCGCAUGGCCAUGGGAGUCUCGGCACUGACCCACAGUCCCAGCAGUUCCUCCAUCAGCUCUGUCAGCUCUGUGGCCUCCUCCGUGGGGGGCCGGCCCAGCCGCAGUGGCCUGCUCACGGAGACCUCUUCGCGCUAUGCCCGCAAGAUCUCGGGCACGACCGCCUUGCAGGAGGCGCUGAAGGAGAAACAGCAGCACAUCGAGCAGUUGCUGGCGGAACGGGACCUGGAGCGGGCCGAGGUGGCCAAGGCUACGAGCCACAUCUGUGAGGUGGAGAAGGAGAUCGCCCUGCUCAAGGCACAGCAUGAGCAGUAUGUUGCAGAGGCAGAGGAGAAGCUGCAACGGGCCCGGCUGCUGGUGGAGAGCGUGCGGAAAGAGAAGGUGGACCUGUCCAACCAGCUGGAGGAGGAGAGGAGGAAGGUGGAGGACCUGCAGUUCCGAGUGGAGGAGGAGUCCAUCACCAAGGGAGACCUGGAGACCCAGACGCAGCUGGAGCACGCGCGCAUCGGCGAGCUGGAGAAAAACCUGCUACUGGAGAAGGCGCAGGCCGAGCGGCUGCUCCGAGAAUUAGCCGACAACAGGCUGACCACGGUGGCCGAGAAGUCGCGGGUGCUGCAGCUGGAGGAGGAGCUGAGCCUGCGGCGCGGGGAGAUCCAGGAGCUGCAGCAGUGCCUGCUACACUCCGGGCCGCCACCCGCCGAUCACCCCGAGGCCGCCGAGACCCUGCGGCUGCGGGAGCGGCUGCUGUCCGCCAGCAAGGAGCACCAGAGGGAGAGCGGCAUGUUGAGGGACAAGUACGAGAAGGCGCUGAGGGCCUACCAGGCGGAGGUGGAGAAGCUGCGGGCGGCCAACGAGAAGUACGCGCAGGAGGUGGUGGACCUCAAGGCCAAGGUCCAGCAGGCCACCAGCGAGAACAUGGGGCUCAUGGACAACUGGAAGUCCAAGCUGGACUCGCUGGCCUUGGACCACCAGAAGUCCCUGGAGGACCUCAAGGCCACCCUGAACUCGAGCCCGGGUGCCCAGCAGAAGGAGAUCGGGGAACUGAAGGCCGUGAUGGAGGGGAUCAAGAUGGAGCACCAGCUGGAGCUGGGCAACCUGCGGGCCAAGCACGACCUCGAGACGGCCAUGCACGUGAAGGAGAAAGAGGGCCUGCGGCAGAAGCUGCAAGAGGCCCAGGAGGAGCUGGCCGGGCUGCAGCAGCACUGGCGGGCCCAGCUGGAGGUGCAGGCCAGCCAGCACCGGCUGGAGCUGCAGGAGGCCCAGGACCAGUGCCGCGACGCCGAGCUGCGGGUGCGCGAGCUGGAGAAGCUGGACGUGGAGUACAGGGGCCAGGCGCAGGCCAUUGCGUUCCUCAAGGAGCAGAUCUCCCUGGCCGAGAAGAAGAUGCUAGACUAUGAGCUGCUGCAGCGCUCGGAGGCCCAGAGCAAGCAGGAGGCCGAGAGGCUGCGGGAGAAGCUUCUGGUCACUGAAAACAGACUCCAGGCUGUCGAGUCCCUGUGUUCGGCCCAGCACACCAACAUGAUUGAGUCCAACGACAUUUCAGGGGAGAAGAUGAGGAUGAAGGAGACUGUGGAGGGCCUGCAGGACAAGCUGAACAAGAGAGACAAAGAGGUGACAGCCUUAACAUCCCAGACCGAGGUGCUCAGGGCCCAAGUAAGUGCACUGGAGAGCAAGUGCAGGUCGGGAGAGAAGAAGGUGGACGCCCUCCAGAAGGAGAAGCGGCGCAUGGAGGUGGAGCUGGAGGCCGUGUCCCGGAAGACCCAUGACGCCUCGGGCCAGCUGGUCCUCAUCAGCCAGGAGCUGCUCAGGAAGGAGCGGAGCCUGAACGAACUGCGUGUGUUGCUUCUGGAGGCCAAUCGCCACUCCCCGGGGCCUGAGAGGGACCUGAGCCGCGAGGUCCACAAGGCCGAGUGGCGGAUCAAGGAGCAGAAACUCAAGGAUGACAUCCGGGGCCUGCGGGAACAGCUGACCGGGCUGGACAAAGAGAAGUCCCUGUCGGAUCAGAGGCGCUACUCCCUCAUUGAGCCAUCCUCGUCCUCGUCACCGGAGCUCCUGCGGCUGCAGCACCAGCUGAUGAGCACAGAGGACGCCCUGCGGGACGCGCUGGACCAGGCUCAGCAGGUGGAGAGGCUCAUGGAGGCUAUGAGGAGCUGCCCCGAUAAGUCCCAGGCCACUGGCAAUUCCGGUUCUGCAAAUGGCAUCCACCAGCAAGACAAGGCCCACCAACAAGAGGACAAGCACUGACCCUGAGGGACACUGUGGAGCUGCCCAGUCCACACCAGAGCCCCUCCAGCCUGCCCCAGCGGCGCCACCUCCAGGCAGGGGCCAGGACUGUCGCUUUGGAGAAGAGAACAGUGUAACAAUAACGUACCCACCGCCGCGGACAAUCCCCUACCCCGACCCCCCUGCCGGACCAGGAGGCUUCCUCAAGCACGACCUUCCACAGAAGGCGCUACAGCCCCGGCCUGGCCCCCGGGACCUUCAGCCUGGAUGCCCUGGACACCCCGGACACCCUGGACACCCCGGCAGUUUCUGGAGUUGGUUUGGGGAGGCUGAGGUGAUCCGGCCAGGCCCCCUCCCCAGAAGGAGCUGCCCUGAGGACCAUCUUGGCCCUCUGGGCACGUCCCUGCCCUCCCUUUCUUCCCCUUCUUCUCCUGGGUCCCUCUCAGACCCCCGAGCCAUUGUCCCGGCAAGGGGCCAGAGGAGGGCUCCAGCUUCUCCUUCAGGCACCAAGGAGGGAAGUCCAGCCCUUAGGAGCCAGGUGGGGGACCCCCUUUUCUGCAGCUGCUUCCAGACCAAGGCAGUCCCCAGGGCUUCUUGUCCCCGCAUACUGAGCCUCUUUCAUGCAGUGGUACAAGUUCCCUUCAGCCCGUCUGCCCAGUGAGGCCCCAGGGUCAAAGUGCUGGGAGGCGAGGCCCUUCGUUCGUUCCCACCCUGACCCCAGUGCACACACAGCUCCGAGCUGCUGGCCGGAGGGUGGUCACCAAGGCCAGGAGCCACAGUAUUAGGAAAGUCUGGAAGCCCCUCUCCUUCCUGCACCCACUACCCCCAGUGACGUGGCUUGGAGCUGGGGCAGGGCGGCCCCAGGGGGGCCCAGGACUAGGGCUCUGGGUAUGUUUUGACUGGUCAGUAAUAUGCUGUCCCCUGGGUUGACCUGAUGUUCCGAAACCGGGUCUGCCACCUGCCGAUUCACCCAUGCAGACCCCAACAUAUACACCCACUGACCCUUGGCGCAC